GCGUGGUCUGCGCUCGUCAUCUGUUCAAAAGAAAACACCGGCCCCAGGGGAUUUAUUGCAUUUUACUCAAUUUUACUCUUAUGUUAUUAGCCAAUUUAUCUUUUUUUGAACACAAAACACAAACAUCAAAUAUGAAGAUCCAACCUUAUUCACAACCUGGGCCAGGAUUGCCAGGAACUUCAUCGGGCACCAAACCAGCAAAAAAACUUAGCUGGUUUUUGACAACAGCAGGCCGCCGAACAACCCUUGGCUUGGGACUUCUUGCUGGAACAGCGGGUUUUUGUCUCCAAUAUAUUCCUAAUACAUUCUUAAUUGACAAAUACUGUUCAAUCUACAAAAUGUACAAAGGUAUCAAAGAGAUUGAAGUUGAACAAAAAUUUGUCGAUCUGGGAGAUGAAGUCAUGGAAAAACUUGGAUUCCACAAAGUCGACAAGAAACUGUACAGAUACUUCACAGCUUACGGCUUUGACACAUUGCAUCUAGGAAGCGCCUACUCCAAGUACGGUGUCCUUGUUGGAGUCCCUUCAAAUUUCUAUUUCAACUCAAAGGCAGACGUUGAUGCAAAUAAAAUUACUGUUGCAGGAGAGCCAAUUCAAUCUAAAUCUGAGCCAGAAGCAAAGGAGAAACUCAUCGCAUCCCUUGUUUUGAGUGACAAGGCUAAGGCAUUUGCUCUCGGAGUUCAGAUUUAUGAAGCAAACACAAUGAAACUUUACAAUGACAGCAUUGCUCCUGGUGCGUCUAUCGGUGCUUACUAUGCGCUGUCAACACAUUUUAACAAAAAAUUGAGAGGCUAUGCAAGGCCUUUGUCAUUCAGAGUGUUCUUGUACACUUUAUUAGGAACUUUUGUUACUGGUAUGUACUUUUUCCUGCGCGAUCUUACCACACAUAUGAGAGAAAAGGAGGCCGACCAGAAAGUUGGAGCCAUCAGUCUUGAACUUGCUGAGGGAGGUGUUGAAUAUUACUCCAAAAUCCUCGAGCGGAAUAAAGCUCUAAGAAAACUUAUGGGCAGCAAAGGCGAGUCUCUAUUCACGUUUGCAGGAAACGCCAAUACUCUGAUCCUCACUCCUAACGUCCCCAUCACCCAAAGAUUAAAAGCGUGCCAAGAUCAGCUUAAGAAACUGAUUGAAAAUCCCAACCUGAUUGAAGUCAACAAGGCGCCAGAAAAAGCAACAAGGAGAAUGGCACCAAUGCGGAUGGAUGAUGAUGCUGCAAAGAUCCAAGAAGAAACAGCCAAGCUGAAUGAGUGAUUUGCUUUUUCUAUACGUUGUAUUGUAAAUAAAGUUGACUCAUCUUA